AUGAGGGCUCAUGUUCUUCAUCUACUUCUUUUCCAAAUUGUUCUCACUCUCAUCCUUCCCUUCUCGGCCGCAUAUCACAUCGGCGUUAACUACGGCACGGUGGCAAAUAACCUCCCACCGCCACACCAAGUCGUCAACUUCAUCAAAACAAAAACAAACAUCAACCACGUCAAAAUCUUCGACGCAAACCCCGACAUCCUCGCCGCGUUUUCCGGCAUCACCGGGAUAUCCCUCACCGUCACAAUCCCAAACUCCGACAUCGUUUCCCUCUCCAAGCUUCCCAACGCACGUUCAUGGCUCUCCAACCACCUCCUCCCUUUCCUCCCAGCAACCUCAAUCCGUUACAUCGCUGUCGGAAACGAAAUCAUUGCCACAUCCGACAAAACCCUCAUUGCUCAUCUCCUCCCCACCAUGGAGUCGCUUACGUUAGCGUUACACCUCGCUAACGUCACUGGGAUCUUAGUCUCCACGCCUCACUCGCUAGGUAUCCUCUCAGGCUCCUCCGAACCACCUAGCUCCGGAACGUUUCGUAGAGGCUACGUCAAAACCAUCUUCGCUCCAAUUCUAGACUUCCACAACCGCACAAAGUCUCCCUUCAUGGUUAACCCGUACCCAUAUUUCGGGUUCGGACCCGAAACGUUAAACUACGCACUCUUUAACUCAAGCGACGUCGUUGUCUUUGACCCGGUUACGAAGAUGAACUACACCAACAUGUUCGACGCUCAGCUCGACGCGGUUUACUCAGCAAUGAAACGUGUCGGGUAUGGAGACGUGGACAUCGUUGUGGCUGAGACCGGUUGGCCAUCAGCUGGUGAACCGAAUCAGACCGGCGUCGGUUUAGAAUAUGCGGAGGCAUACAAUAGGAACCUUAUAAAGCAUGUGAAUUCCGGUAAGGGCACUCCAUUGAUGCCAAACCGGGUUUUCGAGACUUGUAUCUUCGCUCUCUUCAACGAGAAUCUCAAACCGUCGGUUUCUGAGCAAAAUUUUGGUUUGUUCAAACCGGACUUCACAUCGGUUUAUGAUGUUGGUAUCAUGAAAAACUGA